AUGGCUUAUAACGACGAUGAGAAUGUUGUUUGUAAAUGCCUGUGUUUCUACUUAAUCGAUAAAACGAAUAAAGAUAAUGCACAGGCUAAAAAAUUGACAAUGGAAGAGGAGAAGUUUUUAAUACAGAAAGCUAAAGCUUUAUCGAAUUUUCUAUUCCUAAAAGAUGAUAUUUACGCUAUUGAAACAGUUAAAUUCUAUGAUAAAAAAGCGAUAAUGCAACGUCAACCAUUACAACAAGAUACUGAGUAUUCAAUGAAUCAAAUAUUUCCAGAAGAAUUACAACUAAACUCACAAACAAUACAAGCAUAUAUAGAAAAUUAUAAAAAACAAUUAAAUCGUUAUGCUUUACUAACUGUUCUAAACAAAAUUAUUGAACCUAUAGAAUAA